CGACUGACGACGUAGGAUGCCUGCUGGGUCCCUGCGUACGCAAGUCACAUCCUUUUCUAAGUGCGAAAAGCAAACGUGGGACGAGGAGCGCGAGGUCUACAGGAUACAAGCCUGAACCCGCCCUUCGACGUGCAUCCCAACGACAAAAAAGCUCGCGCGCGUAUUUUAUUCGGAUAACGUAAGACAUGAAGUAUCUCGAGGACGUCGCGCUGAGCAGGCUGAACGCGUUCCUUGGUCACGUUAAUGUCGGCGAUUACGUGAUCCACGGCCAGCUUGAUGCCUAUUCAUGCAAACUCGCCGGCGUCGACAAGAAGCUCUCCAAGAGCCUCGACGCGGAGGUGGUGACGAUGAUGGCGAGCUCCCCGAGCGCGUUGUCCGUCUCCCCCGUCGGCCCACUCACGGAUUCCUCAUCGCGCAAGACCCUCAUCUACCUCAUCCUCACCCUUAACCACACGUACCCCGACUACGACUUCUCUGCGCUGCGAGGCCACCACUUCACCAAGGAAGACCAGAACCCCGGAGUGCUCAAGGUGAAACAGGACAUCGACUCGCUGCUGUUAGAGUCCGGCAAAGUGUACGAGCAGACCCUGGGCGCAGGCGGCGUCGGUUUGAGCGCCGAGCUUUGGCAGGCGGUGGACGAAGUCAUCGGUCUGGUGGACUGCGACGUGUACACGUACAGGGCCGUCGCCGAGGGCGACCCGUUCACCGACGAGGCCAACCUGUGGAGCUUCAACUAUUUCUUCUACAGCAAAAAGCUGAAGCGAAUUUUGUACUUCUCCUGCAGGGCGGUGAGCAAAACCGCUGAGGAGGAUUCUGACUACGACGACGUCCCCUACAACGGCGGCAUGGAAGAUUCCUUCGUCGAUGGCAUGGACAUGGACGAGGAGAUGUACUGAACCCCAAUGUAAGAAAGAAUUGUAAUAUUAAACGUAUAGACGCAUGAACCUCACACGUCGUGCACCCUGGGCGCGGGCUUGCCGACCCCCUUGCUCUUCGCCAACGCCGUGAAAACCCUCCUCAGCGCCAGGUAGGACACCACACAUGUCAGGAUGAGCCCCAGGAACACCAUCCACGCCAGCUCCGACACCUUCGUCGCGAGCUGAGCGACGUAGUUGGCGGUGUUAUCCACGUGCCCCAGCGCCGUCUGGAUCGACCCGUCGUUAUUGAUGCUACCCUUGAUUCUGUCCACGUGCUUGGUGAUGUGGUCGCCGAGGGUGGCGAGGAUCUUGUUCUCGACCCUGCGCUCAAUCUCCGCCUCGAUGGCGGCGGACAUGGCAACGUCGACCUCCUCCGCGAUGGAUCCCGGCUCGACCUUCUUCUCGUCGACCGCCGCGGAUAGGGUCACCCAGCACCCGUCGCUGAUGUGCUCGGUGGAUCGCGCCAGGCAGCCAACGACGCUGCCGGGCGCCUGGAAGCGCUGGCUCUCCUCGGUGGCGCCGCAGAAUCGGCUCGCCUCGUCGUCGCACGCCUUGGUCACCUCGGUGCCGAGAUUGUAGAAGACAAAGGCGCGCUUGAUGGAACCGUUGAGGACCCUGGAGCACAUCUUGUUGUCAAUCUCGGAUCGCUUGGAUAUGAGGCACAAGAACGGGUCCACUGUGGCGUUCACCGCGGCCUCGUUGAUGCUCGCAUCAUCGCCCUCGACGUUGCACAGCUUUGAAACCUGCGACUUGCAUGCCUGCUUAACCCUCAGGUUGAACGCCAGGUGGGAGUUCUCGCGCACACUCUGUUUCCGGAGGAGCUUGGCGCACUUGGGGUCCAUGCCAUCAUCCGCCGCCUUGGACUGCAGGCACUCGAGGAGGUUGCCGUUCCCGGGCUUGAUGUCGGCGCAGAGCCGCGUCGCUGAGAGCUGGCACGCUUCCAUCAGCCUCGGCUUGAGGCGGAUAUCCUCAAUCUCCACAGCCUCCAACUCGAUCUCCGCCUUUUUGCACGCGGGCGACAGCUCGCUCUCCUUCUCCCUGAGGCACUCGUGCACGCGACCUUGCCCGGGCUCGAUGUCCGAGCAGUGUUUCUCCACGUCGUCCACGCACGCCGCGGCGAGCGGUCGGUCCAUCAGGUAGUUAUCCGCCGAGGACAUCAUCGCACGAAGCAGCGCCGCGCGACACUCGGGCUUGGCGAUAUCCUGGCGCUUUUCGCGGAGGCACUUGAUCAUGCGCCCCUCUCCCGGGUUCACCGGCGUGCACAGGGUCUUGGCAUCGUCCCUGCACGAUUUGCUCAGGUCUUCGUGAAGGCGGAUGUCGUCGAGCGAACGGCGCUGGUCCUCGGCAAUGGCGUCACGACACUCCUUGC